AUGACUUCUCCCGCCGCCUCGCUGACCUCGAGUCAGAACAUCAACGGGAUCAUCAUUCCCGUUGGUCUCUUGAUUUUCGGCACCGUGAUCGUGAAGAAGGAAUGGGCCCCCUUUGCGGCUAUUCUGGGACUUGUCCUCGGUGCAUUCAGAUACUUUACAGGACUUCCCAAGAAGUUCCUUAAGCCGGAUGUGUUCCAAGACCUCGAACUCAAGGAGAAGACGAUACUGUCGCACAACACGGCCAUUUACCGCUUCAACCUCCCCACCCCGACCUCGAUUCUCGGUCUCCCCAUCGGCCAACACAUCUCCAUUGGUGCCGCCUGCCCCCAGCCCGAUGGCAGCACCAAGGAGAUUGUGCGAUCUUACACUCCCAUCUCUGGCGACCACCAGCCUGGCUACAUUGAUCUGCUGAUCAAGUCGUACCCUACCGGAAACAUCUCCAAGCACAUGGCUUCCUUGACCGUGGGUCAGACAAUCAAGGUCAAGGGCCCCAAGGGUGCCUUCGUCUACACUCCCAACAUGGUACGACACUUUGGCAUGGUGGCCGGCGGUACUGGCAUUACACCCAUGCUCCAGAUCAUCCGGGCUGUGAUCCGAGGACGACCCACCGGCGACAAGACCCAGAUCGACCUCAUCUUUGCCAACGUCUCCCCUCAGGAUAUCCUCUUGAAGGAGGACCUUGACGCUCUUGCCGCAGAGGACAGCGGCUUCAGGGUCCACUACGUGCUCGACAAGCCCCCGGAGGGAUGGACCGGCGGCGUUGGAUACGUCACCGCCGACAUGGUUACCAAAUUGCUGCCCAAGCCCGCGGAUGAUGUGAAGCUUCUGAUGUGCGGUCCCCCGCCCAUGGUUAGCGGCCUGAAGAAGGCCGCUGAGAGCCUGGGCUUCAAGAAGGCUCGGCCAGUGAGCAAGCUGGAAGACCAGGUCUUUGCUUUCUAG